CGUCAUUAUGUCAAAGGCGAACUAAAAAAUAGGUUAUGUUUACAAAAAUAUUCAAAUGAUACUUACAAAAGUACAUAAUAAAUAAAAAUAGUGAAACAAAAAUAGGAACAAUGAAUAACUUAAUAAGCGCAGCACACGAAGUUCUUAAUGAAGAAUCUUCUGCUUUGUAUUUAGGCAGUAGUAUAGCAGAAACAGAUAAUUUAGAGCCAAUGCAAUUUCUUAGAGAUUUUGUAUCUAAAAAUAUUCCUGUAAUCAUUCGAAAUAGUUGUUCCCAUUGGCCUGCUGUUUCAAAAUGGAAUGCUGCCUAUUUCAGAGAAACAAUACCAAAUAAGAAUGUGGUAGUGGCUGUAACUCCCAAUGGCUUGGCUGAUGGUAUCACAAAGAAUGAGAAAGGUGAAGAGUUCUUUGUCACACCUUAUGAAACCACCAUGACUAUGUCACAGUUUUUAAAUGGAUUGGAGGAGAAAAGAGAAAAUUACAUCCAGUACAUUCAGAAACAGAAUUCCAACUUGACAACUGACUUCCCUGAGCUUCUAGAUGAUGUAUUGAAGGAGAUACCAUUUGCUAGUGAAGCAUUUGACAAGUCCCCUGAUGCUGUCAACUUUUGGAUGGGGGACGAAAGAGCUGUCACUUCCAUGCACAAAGAUCCAUAUGAAAACAUUUAUUGCGUGAUAGACGGAUAUAAAGACUUCAUUCUAAUACCUCCUACAGACCUACCGUACGUGCCUUAUAAACGCUACCCACAGGCGGAGUUCAGGUACACAGAUAAUAAAUGGGAGAUCGUACCAGCCAGUGCGGUAGAUAUGGAAAAUGAGGUCAAUACGGUCAAUGAGGAGCCACCGGGGUUGCCUUGGAUUAGUAUAGAUCCAUUAGCUCCAAAUUACCUUCAAUACCCUGAAUUUAAGAGAGCUCACGUGUAUUCGGUACGGCUGAAGAAGGGCGACUGUCUUUACUUACCAAGUCUAUGGUUCCACCACGUUAGGCAGAGCCAUGGUUGUAUAGCCGUCAAUUACUGGUACGAUAUGGAGUUUGACAUCAAAUAUUGCUAUUUUAAAAUGCUUGAAAAACUCUGUGGUAGUUAUUGAAAAGAAAAUGGCUACGGGAAAAUGGUGGUGCUGUUUUCUACACGGUAAAAAAGCAUUCGUGACGCCUCUGACGUUGAAGAUAGUCCUUGGAUGUCUUGACACAUAAUGGACCAUGGCUCCAGCUCUGAGCAGAAGAAGGAUGAAAGUGAUUUUUAGUCAGUAA